AUGACAACCGAAACAAUCCAAAUCCGCCGCAUGACACGCCCCGACAUCCCCUACAUGGCCCACCUAGCCUCAACAACCUACUUCAACUCCCCCCUCAGCCAAUUUCUCUCUCCAUACAGGCAUGCCUACCCAGAAGACUUCACCCGACGCUUCGUCCAGAUGAUCCGUGCACGCUACUUCAAUCCCAGAUGCAUCGGCUUCGUGGCCGUCUCCGUCUCCAACCCCGAUAUACCAGUGGCAUAUGCACAGUUCAUCCGACUAGGAAACGACAAAGCUGCACGGGACCUAAUCGCAGCACAGACCUCCAUCUGGAAUACGCUACGACGGUGGUUCGUCACAGUCCAGACGUGGAUUGAGAAUCUACUAUGGCCAGAUCGGUCGGGGGAUGCUGAUGCGGUGCGGAGGUUUGAGAAGUCUGCGGAGGUGGAUGGUUUGCGGUUCUGGGAUUCGGAGGAGAUGAAGAGGUUAUAUGGGGAGAGGUGGCAUGCGCAGAGUGUGGUUGUUUCUGGGGAUUGGAGGCGUAUGGGUAUUGGGAGGCGGUUGAUGGGGGAGGUUUUGCGGCGGGCGCAGGAGGAUGGAGUCUUUGUUGGAUUGGAAGCGAGUGAGGAUGGGGAGAAGCUUUAUCGGAGUUUGGGGUUUGAGUUGAGAGGAAGGUUUUCGUUGCUUUUGGAUGGUCAGGAUGGGGGUGGGAUUAUGAUGUGGAGGCCUAAGGGGGGUUUAUGA